AUGAACAAUUUCAUUAAAAUUAUAGUAAGUAUACAUAUAGCUUCAGCAUUAAAUUUUGUUGUUACAAUGUCAGAGGAUGAGGGCGUUGUAGAACCUGACACUGAAUCCAUAGAAAAAGUUAAAACCACCGUGCUUCCGGUGGCAAGAUACAUACUAGGUCCCAUAAUCAUUCUUGGAGAUGAAACAGUCAAUGUCCUUCAAAAAUAUAUACUUUGUCCUCUUGUUAAAAAUGAUAAAACUCAUAUUCUUUGCGAAAACAAAGAAAUUUAUAGAAUUUUGAAGGAUAGUGAUGGGGACAAAAAAAGUUCUAAGAAAAGGAAAAAGAAGAAAAAAAAGAAAAAAAAAGAUGACAGUGAUGAUGAAGAAGAAGAAGAAGAAGAAGACGAAGAAGAAGACGAAGAAGAUGAAGCAGAAAAAAAGAGCAAAAAACAUAGGUUACAACGACAAAGGCUUAAACAACAAUUUUUUAAAAAUUUAAUGUAUCAAACUCCUAUGCAAUAUGCUCAAAUGUAUCAAACUCCUAUGCAAUAUGCUCAAAUGUGUCAAACAACAAUGGAUUAUACUCAAGCAUAUCAAACGCCAAUGGAUUAUGCUCAAGCAUAUCAAACGCCAAUGGAUUAUGCUCAAAUGUGUCAAACAUCAAUGUCUUAUCCACAAAUGUGUCAAACAUCAAUGCCGUAUGCUCAGAUGUAUUCUCAAAUGGGAGUGCAACAAAAUGAACAAUCUCAAAUUGGAAUGGUGCAAUAUGGGCAACCUCAAGUGGAUAUGUCACAAUAUGAACAACCACAAAUGGGAUUACUACAAUAUGAACAACCUCAAAUGGGAGUACUACAAUAUGAACAACCUCAAAUUGGAAUGGUGCAAUAUGGGCAGCCUGAAGUGGAUAUGUCACAAUAUGAACAAUCACAAAUGGGAGUACUACAAUAUGAACAACCUCAAAUUGGAAUGGUGCAAUAUGGGCAUCCUGAAGUGGAUAUGUCACAAUAUGAACAAUCACAAAUGGGAGUACUACAAUAUGAACAACCUCAAAUUGGAAUGGUGCAAUAUGGGAAGCCUGAUGUGGAUAUGUCACAAUAUGGACAAUCACAAAUGGGAGUACUACAAUAUGAACAACCCCAAAUAAAAGAAGAAAUUGAUAAAAAAAACAAUAAAAAAAAAAGAAAAGAAAAGAAAAAUAACAUAACAACUAAAUCUGAUGAGGAAAACGUGAACGAUUAUUUGUACCAUAUAGGAUAUAAUCAAAAUUCGAACUUGUAA